AUGUUUUAUAAUUUUAUAUUAACCAUCUUUUUAUUAAUCACUUUUGGAUUUGCUGAUAAAGCACCAAAAAUUAAAAGUAAUCCAAAAGAUGUUGUUGCAAUUGCUGAUUUCCCAUUUGGUGGAGAUAAUGACAUUAAAGGAAAUGUUGUGUUUAGUGCAAAACAAGGAAAACAUAUUCAAGUUCAUGUGGAUAUGGUUGGUUUCCCAAAUGAAGGUGGUCCUUUUGUUUAUCAUAUUCAUGAACAUUCAGUUCCUGAAAAUGGAAAUUGUGAAGCUGUAGGAUUACAUUUAAAUCCAUUCAUGGCACCAGAAAAUUGUACUAGUGAAAAAUCUGAUGCAUAUUGUCAAAUUGGUGAUUUAUCAGGAAAACAUGGAGCUAUUAAUUCAACAUGUUUUGAAUUAAAAUAUACUGAUCCUUAUUUAUCUUUAAAUCCAAAAUCAAAAUCUUAUAUUGGAAAUAAAGCUGUUGUUUUCCAUUUUGCAAAUUUAACUAAAAUUGCUUGUGCUGAUAUUGAAAUUGCAAAUGAUUUAAGAUUACAAAGUUUAAUUGAAGAAUAUAUUCAAACUGAUGAUAAAUUACAAUUAAAAGAAUUAAGAACACCAUUGGAACCAAAUUAUAAAUUUAAUCAAAUUGAAGCAUUAAGUAUGGAAAUGUAUGAAAGUGAUGAAGACGAAGUAACUAAAGAAGAUGAUGAAAGUGGUGGUUUCCAAACAAAGAAACAACAAGUAUUAUUAGCUCCAAAGCAAUUAUUAAACAAGACAAAGAAUAAAAUUGAUGAUUCUGAUUUAAAAGAUAUGGCAAAAAAAUAUAAAUUUGGUAAAAAUUGGAGAAAACAUGGAAAUGAUAAAAAUCAAUUGAAAAAUAUUUCAAAUGUUACAAUUCAUGGUAUUUCAUCAGAUUGUGAAAAUAAAGUUGGUAAAAUCUUAAAUUCAAAAUUUGAUUCAUUUAUAUUUAGUUUAUUAACUGCUAUAACUUUAUUUAUUUAA